AUGGCUGCAUCACAAUCAAUAGUGGUAUUACAGGCCAACAACACAAACGACACUCGGAGGGACCUUGAAGCUCAAAAGACCUGCUCAUCUUCCGAAUCUAUAGAAGAGUUGACGAUCUCAGAAGAGAAUGAUGACCCUGGGCUACAAGACAACUCCAAUGUCCCUCGCCUUCCGCUCCUCAAACUGUUCUGGUUCUUCUUCUACAAUUUCGGUCUCUUUGCCUGGGGUGGACCUGUAGCUCAAAUUGCACUCAUCAAAGAAAAACUGGUGGUGAAGGACAAAUGGAUUACGCUCACCAGGUUUCAACGUGUCUUCUCCGUCUAUCAGGCACUCCCUGGACCAGAGGCCACAGAGCUAUGCAUGUUCUUUGGUUGUCUAUCUGCUGGUCAGCUUGGAGGAUUCGUCGCCGGUAUUGCAUUUAUCUUGCCGGGGUUCAUCCUUAUGCUUACAGCUUCCUACCUGUACUCAUUGGCAGGGCUGGAAAACAAAUAUUUCAAUGCAUCAUUUCGCGCUGUUCAACCGGUUGUCGGGGCUAUGAUCCUUCGAGCUACUCAUAUUAUCGCGGAUCAUUCGGUUAUUGACCAUAGCACUCGCAAGAUCAAACCUAUCCUGGUCGUUGUUGCCCUCUGCACAGCACUCAAUAGUGCCCUUCACAUCAACAUGUUUAUUUCCCUUGGCCUUUACGGGAUUAUAUACACAUUCGCAGCACACGGAAUGUGGAUAAUUGCUGUCAUCUCAUUUGUCCUACAGUAUGUCGUCUACGGAAUUUAUGUCCAUUUCUACGGCGUCCCAUCGCCAAUGUCCCUUGCACUUGGUAUAGCAAAGACACCUAGCCUUACGCACCUUUUUGUCCUCGGACUAGUUACCGGGUGUAUCUCCUUUGGCGGUGCAUACACCGCUAUACCAUUAAUUCAGGUUGAGGCGGUUUUAAGGGGCGGAUGGCUGCCGGUGCAUGUUUUUCUGGACUGCAUCGCUAUUAGCAAUGUCUUACCUGCCCCUCUGACUAUCUUCGCAACAUUUGUGGGAUUUCAAGGUGGUCUGGCAGCCGGUGGGCUUGGGAAUGCCUUUGCUGGUGCAAUACUCAUUACUUUGGGGAUAUUGGCUCCGUGCUUCAUCUUCACAAUUGCUGGACAUGAACUGUUGGAGAAGUUGGUUCGCAAUAAGCUUCUCUCCCAUUUUUUUGACGGGCUCUGUGCAGCUGUCAUUGGCGUGAUAACUGUGAUAGCAAUUCAGAUGCUACAAUCAAGUGUAAGAGGCACCCACAAUGUGUCUUCUCCAGAUACCUCUCUUUCCGACUCUUUGCAGAGUCCUCUUGCGGCAGUAAUUUACAUGUUGGCGUUGGGAGCUCUCUAUAAGUUCACUAAUAAAUACACACCGCUGUUGCUUGUAGUAGUCGGCGCCAUUGCCGGGCAGUUCCUGUUCUUCUGAGGAAUGUGGCAUCAUGACUAUUGAGAAAGAUUGAACAGAAGGAGGAAAAAUAUUGGUCAUGUAUGGAAUGGGCGUGGCAAUAAGAUAACCUUGGAAAGAUGAACACAGCCUACGAUCAGAAGGCAUAAAAAAAUAGCUGAUCGUAUAAUACUCAUUAUCCAAGUCAAUGGUCUGA